AUGGUUGAAGUGGAAGUGGUGGUGGAGGAUGAAGAUGAAGUUGUGGUUAUUCCAAGCAACUUUUCAAUGGUUGAGGACGGAAUAUAUCGCUCUAGUUUCCCUCGAUCUUCCAAUUUCUCUUUUCUUGAAACCCUGAAUCUUCGAUCCAUCGUAUACUUGUGCCCCGAACCCUAUCCGCAACAUAAUUUAGAGUUUCUUGAAUCACAAAAUAUUCGGCUCUUUCACUUUGGUAUUCAAGGCAAGACGGAUCUUACUGUCUCCACUGUGAGGGAUACUAUUUUGAAGGCUGUCAAGGUUUUAAUUGAUGUGACAAAUCACCCGGUUUUAAUCCACUGUAACCAAGGAAAGCAUCGAACUGGUUGCGUUGUUGGUUGCCUGAGAAAGUUGCAGAAUUGGUGUUUAGCUUCAGUGUCUGAGGAGUACAAGAAAUUUGCUGGUGCUAAAUCCAGGACAACAGAUUUAAGGUUCAUAGAAACAUUUGACGUAUUAACCCUGAGACAGAGUCUUAACACCAUCAUCUACCAGUACCUAGCUUCACAGAAGCUGAGAUUGAUGUACAUAGAUGAGAAUUCACAGAAGUCCCAGUUGACAUAA